ACAGCAUCCGUUGGGCACAUUAAAAGCCAUGAGUUCGCAGUAUUCCAAUGUGGAGAACCUGUCGCCGCAAAAGAUACGGCAGGUGAUGAGGGAGCUGCAAGAGAUGGAAACCACUCCGCCGGAGGGCAUUAAAGUGCUAAUAAACGAGAGCGAUGUCACCGAUAUACAGGCCUUGAUCGACGGACCAGCGGGCACACCGUACGCCGUUGGCAUCUUCCGCGUCAAGCUGACACUCAGCAAAGAUUUCCCACAAACGCCGCCAAAGGCAUAUUUCUUAACCAAAAUCUUUCACCCAAAUGUGGCGAGCAACGGCGAGAUUUGCGUCAACACACUGAAGAAGGACUGGAAGCCGGAUCUGGGUAUCAAACACAUACUGCUUACCAUUAAAUGCCUGCUGAUUGUGCCCAAUCCGGAGUCUGCACUCAACGAGGAGGCUGGCAAGAUGCUGCUCGAACGAUACGAUGACUACUCGCAGAGAGCGCGCAUGAUGACGGAGAUCCAUGCCCAGCCCGCCAAGUGCGGUGUUAGCGCUGCGAGCGAUGCCAAAGAUGAUGAUGGACCCUCAACUAAGAAGCAUGCGGACCUGGACAAGAAGCUGCAGGACAAGAAAAAGGAGAAGUUGCUCAAGGAGAAGAAGCGUAUGUUGAAGAGGUUAUGAGAGGCAUAAGUGGAGUUAAAGCAUCUACUUACUUCA